GGGAUGGUCACUGUCGCCAUGAACACAUUGUCAAUCGACGAUGUCCCAGAGGGGAACCUUGUUUUUUGCGUGGAAAUGGAUGGGAGAACAAUCUCUCAGAAAAGUAAAGACGAGCUACAAACGAUUGCUGCCGGGGUCCAAAUACGCCGUGUGCUGGGGCUCAAGGUUCGGGAUCGUAAGGAGAGGGUAAGGUCAAUAAUUGUUGGUGAGUCGGGGCAAAAGAACCCGGUAGAGUGGGCGGACAGCGCCAUUGCCAACAUUUCCGACCGUCCAGAAUCCACCAUCACUACCACAGCUAAAUGUUGUUCUGUCGGGGAUGACUUCAAGGCGGAUUGGACAGCGAAGGCGGAGAUGGGGGAGAUUAUUGAUUUUGAAGUUUAUGGGGACUCACCACUCAUGGGUGAAAAUUUAAAAGAGUACUCUCGUCGCCUACUUAAGGCCCCUGGAACGAAAAAGUCGAAACUGACCUUGACCUUCCUCAACAAUCACAAGGCCUCGCUUAAUUCCCGAUUUUUAGUUAAAACUCAAGGUGUGAUCGAUGAGGUGGAGGAUGAGACACCUCCAUCCUCUCAGGUCAAGAUCAAGGUUGACAAGAAGAAGAAAGUGUCAAAGACGGAUGGAGCAUUAAAAUGCAAAUUGUGUCCAUUCACCACAGACAGGAAAUAUGACUUUGACCGCCACAAGCUGACCCACUCCAAGAAGAAGCCGUUUACCUGCAAGAACUGCAGUAGGGGAUUUAGCCAGAAAUCAAACCGCGAUCGUCAUCAACGGAAGUGUGUUGGGGCUGGAGCUGGCGUCAAGAGCUCCAUUAUGGAGUUACUUAAUAAGAGAGCUGAAGCUCUAAAUAUCCCCGUUCCAGAGCUGAAGGGUGUCAACUUCACCCCCACCCAAAGGUAUAAACUCGAAAAGGAGAAGGUGGCGGUGCUGGAGAAGGAGAAUUCCAAAUUAAGGACUGAAAUUUUGAGACUGAAGAAUGAGAACAAGGCUCUCAAGGGAAUUACAGAGCCCCCAGAAAAGAAAGACAAAUCGCGGUGGUCAGAAUCAGAGGAGGAGGAAAUGGACAUUGAAGAAUCAGUGUCUUAAUUAAAUUUAUAAUUCAUUCAUAGUUAUUUAGUCGUGUUUUGUAGUCAAACUGUUCGGGUGCUAAUAAAAUAAAAGCAAUUUUAAACAUG